AUGGACAAGUCAACGUCGAACGCUGCCGCUACGGCCAAGGAAGAAGAGGAUGAGGAGCUCGACGACUGGGACAAGCGGAUAUUCAGCACUGGAUGUGCAGGUAAUGCCGUCUCCAGGAAUACAGAUGCAAAGCUGACUAUGGUCUCUCAAGAGGAACAACUAAAGAUGAAUGACUGCUACUACGAUAAGAAAGACUGGCGAGCAUGUCGCAACGAGAUGGAGUUGUUCCGGCAAUGCUGGAAGCGCAAUGGCAAUGAGGCACGUACUCAAAGCAAAGAAUCAUGCAAGCUUGUCAGCCGGUCUCAGGAGAAGACGUCACGGGAUUUGGUGAAAUCCGUCGCGAUUUUCGGAUUCGCCGCCUGCGCAGAGGAACGCGACUUGUACUUCAUAGACCCUCAACUCAAUCAAUACUUCCUGCUCAGCGUCGUAAUUGAUUGUGUGCCGUGGAACAGUAUCGCCCGCAUACCACGGUAUUCUCGCAGCCAUGUCAGCCUCCUUGCGCCCCGCGCGCCUCCUCUCCCGACCAAGCUCAUUCACAUCGCAUUGCACGAGAUCAAGACCACGACAUACGUCGCACCGAAGACGACUCCUCCUCCUCCAAGUAAGCCUAAAGGGCCACUGGCUGAGCUCGGCGACGAGCCUAUCAAACUGCAAGAAGAUGAUCCGAGCGGAAUAGACUGGUCCUCUUCCUUCAGCGGUCUGUCGGUACAACCGUUCUCUAAGGACGCUGCAGACGUACUGAUGGCACCAAUCAACAAGGAAGACGUCGAGAUCAAGCCUGAUGGCAUCAUAUACUUGCCCGAGAUCAAGUAUCGGCGCAUAUUGAACAGAGCGUUUGGUCCAGGUGCAUGGGGUUUGGCACCACGAGGAGAGACAAUCGUCACCGAGAAGGCCGUCACCAGAGAGUAUGCGCUUUUGGUCCUCGGAAGACUCGUGUCCAUCGCACGUGGCGAGCAAGACUAUUUCAGCAGAGACGGCAUUCCAACAGCAUCGGAGGGCUGCAAGUCCAACGCCUUGAUGCGGUGCUGCAAAGACCUGGGCAUUGCAAGCGAGUUAUGGGAUCCCCGUUUCAUCCGCGACUUCAAGGCUUCACACUGUCGCGAAGUGUUCGUGGAACAUAUGGCGACCAAAAAGAAAACCAAGCUCUGGCUGCGGAAGGGCAAUGCAGUCUCGUACCCAUACAAGGAAACAAAAUUCAGCGCCUGA